GAUUACAAGUUUUGUUAUUUAACUGUAUUCUUACAAUGUAAAGAAAAUAUGGGAGAAGAAAUAAAAUUAUUGCAGAGUUGACAAGUUGUCUUCUCUAUCGAAAGAAGGAUUGGACUGCGUCCUCUGCACUCUACUACGCUCCUUCCUCCGUCGCCUUGCUCGCGCCUGGCGAUGCCUUUAAUUAAUGCCAUGAAUUUGAAAGCAGAAGUCUUCUGCGUGAAGCAUACCAUAAAAAAUUCCUAAAAAAUAAAACUGAAAAAUUGAAGCUUCCUAGUUCCUACACUGCUCAGUAGUUCUCUGUUCCGUUUCUUCCCAGCCCUUUCUUCUCAUCUUCAGAGAAGAAUCUACCUAACACGCUAACACCCCUUGGAGCCCAGAUCUUAUUAAUCAACUUAGCGUUUCCCAAGCAAACAAAGGACUGAUCAAGAAUUGGAGGAAGCGUAUUAUCAUUUUGGCCAAAACCCACCCCAGAUCCACAUGAUAUGUGUGUACAGUGUAACCAUCAUGGGGAUUUCAUGCUCUGCAAUUUCUUCAUUUCUAUGGAUUUCAGUUUCUCUGAUGUGCUUUUCAUGGGCAACUUCAGAUCCAGUCCAAGACAGCUUCCUCCAAUGCCUUUCCAACCAUUCUCAAUCCUCCAUAGUACCAGUCUCGGCAGUUACCUACGCCCCCAGCAAUUCUUCAUACACAUCUGUCUUGCAGGCCUAUAUCCGAAACCUCAGAUUCAUGUCAUCAGCAACCCCCAAGCCGCUGUUCGUCGUAACCCCUUCUCAUCCCUCUCACAUCCAAUCUUCUGUUGUGUGCUGCAGGACUCACGGCUUGCAGAUUAGAAUUCGCAGCGGCGGCCACGAUUACGACGGCCUCUCCUACGUAUCGGACGUCCCUUUCGUCAUCGUCGACAUGUUUAAUCUCCGGUCAAUAAGCAUUGACAUAGAAAAUGAAAGCGUGUGGAUUCAAUCAGGGGCAACUCUUGGCGAACUUUAUUACAGAAUUGCAGAGCAGAGUAAGACUCAUGGCUUCCCCGCCGGUGUUUGCGCCACGGUUGGCGUCGGAGGGCACUUCAGCGGUGGCGGGUACGGCAACAUGAUGAGAAAAUAUGGUCUGUCGGUGGACAAUGUCGUCGAUGCCGAGAUAGUAGAUGCUAAUGGCAGGAUUCUGAAUAGAGAGUCCAUGGGGGAAGAGCUCUUCUGGGCAAUUCGAGGAGGCGGCGGUGCUAGUUUUGGUGUAAUUGUUUCGUGGAAGAUAAAGUUAGUUCCCGUUCCAGAAACCGUCACUGUUUUCAGAAUUGAAAAAACCCUGGAAGAAGGUGCAAGCGAGAUUGUUCAUCGAUGGCAAUACGUCGCCGACAAGAUGCACGAAGAUCUCUUCGUCAGGGUUGUGGUUUUACCGGCUACUAGAAACAAGGAGAGAACAAUCAAAGCGAAGUUCAUCUCUCUAUUUCUCGGAAAUGGCAAUAAGCUUUUCGCUCUUAUGGGCGAGAGAUUUCCCGAACUCGGUUUGCGGCGCGAAGACUGCAUUGAAAUGAGUUGGGUUGAAUCGGUCCUCCAUUGGUCUAAUUACGACAACGGAACAUCCGCCGAUGUUUUGCUCGACAGAAUACCUCAGUCACAGAGUUUCCUGAAGAAGAAAUCAGAUUAUGUGCAAGAACCAAUUUCAAAGACUGAUCUGGAAGGAAUAAUGAAGAAGAUGAUAGAAUUGCAGAAACCAGCAUUGACGCUGAAUCCAUACGGCGGAAGGAUGAGUGAGAUUUCGGAGUCGGAGACUCCAUUUCCUCACAGAGCAGGGAACAUAUACAAAAUCCAGUACUCAGUAACAUGGAAAGAAGAAGGUGAUGAGGCAUUAAACCGCAGUCUGAGCAUGAUCAGAAGGCUCUACGAUUACAUGACACCAUACGUAUCAAAAUCACCGAGGGCUUCGUAUCUAAAUUACAGAGAUAUCGAUCUGGGUAGCAAUGGAAAUGGGAAUGCGAGCUAUGAGGAGGCUAGCGUUUGGGGGAUUAAGUAUUUCAAGGGCAAUUUCAAGAGAUUGGUGAGCGUAAAGUCCAUGGUGGAUCCAGGCAAUUUCUUCAAAUAUGAACAAAGCAUUCCUGCUGUUACACCUAUUUUGCGGAAUAAAGUUUCAAGAUUGGAGAGAGCUUGGACUUUUUCAGUGCUGCUUGCAUGCGCUGAGUUUGCACUGUAGGAUCGCAGACAGGAGUUGCGGGAGGGGGAGGGGGGUGGGGACGAGAGCAUGAGUUUUGAACUUCCUCAGCGGAAGCCAAGACACUCCCCUCCCCUAACUUUGAGGAAGUUAUGAAAAUUAAAAUUUUACAUUUUAGAAUUGAAUAUUAUCGCCAAGUUUUUUUCUUUUGCGAUUUUUUAUGGCGCCUAUUUUCAAUUCAACUAUGGUGUAAAAAUUAUAAUUUGAAAAAUUAUUGGCAUACAUUUUAGAAUUGAAUAUUAUCGCCCAGUUUUUUUCUUUUGCGAUUUUUAUGGUGCCUAUUUUCAGUUCAACUAUCGUGUAAAAAUUAUAACUUGGAAAAUUAUUGGCAUUCGAAUUGAA